ACUGAAAGAAAAAUUGUUUUUAGAAAUUCUGAAGGAAAACUUGUAUCGUAUACGAAAGGUUGGCUUAGAAAUAAAGCAACAGUUUUAAGCAAUUAUGAGGUUAACGUUUUUGCUAUUGUGUGGAACUCAACUUACCUCGUGUGGGCAAAUCCCACGGGUCUAACAGUUUGCGACACUGCCAGUGAGAAAAUCAUUUUAACAUUUCCUUAUACCGACUUUUCUUGCGAUAAAGACUUUUGUUGUUACUUGCGUUGGAUCGACAACGACACUUUCAUACUGGCCUGGAAGAUAUUUAUAAAAGUGCUUUAUAUUGUGCAUUCGAAAGAAAGCUCCGCACUUAAAAAACGGAGAGUUGAAAUCCUUGCUUCGUACGAAAGGAAAUCUCUCAUCUGUGGAAUUGCGCCAUUUCCGCGCGGUUUUUGCGUUCUUUCUCGCCGUUUAUUGGACCGCGAAGCUGCUGCUUCCCUCACUUAUCGCGGGUACGAAAACGAUGCAGCCGAGAAGGAGCUUCUCUCUUUCCCUCUCACUUCGGCAUUUUGCUGCCUUGCGCAUCUAACAUCGGCCCCACUUUUCGUCAUUAUCUCCUCAACGGAAGUUGGGCUAGUUAGGCCACGUGACAUCGAGGACCAACUCACGGUGCUUCUGCAAAAAUCUUUACAUGAACUUGCGCUCGAACGAGCUGAGGAAGCUUUUCACUUUGGCCUUGUCGAUUUCCAUAUGCUGGUUAGCAUUGGCCUCGAGUAUCUGGCCAAACUGUUUCAAGAGCGGAAAUAUGCGAAGGCUGCCGACCUCUGCCCUCGAAUUUUCUGCGAUGACCCCCUUUUGUGGGCCACGUGGGUUCACCGGUUUAUAGAAGUUGACGCGUUGCCCAAUAUUGCUGGACUUAUACCAACUCGUACACCAAAACUUACCGAAGACAUAUAUAAUUUAGUACUUCAAAAUUUGCUGCUUUGCCAAAACUAUCAGUUGCUAGAAGAACUUAUCGAGGGAUGGCCUAGUGAUAUCUACGACGUUCCCAAACUUAUUUCAAUUAUAUAUGAAGAGCAGCUUAAGAAAUCUUCUGCCGACUGUCUUUCUUCCUCUGUAGCAAAACUAUACGAAUAUAACCAGCAGUACCAAGAAGCUCUUCAAGUUUACAUUAAACUCGGGAGCAAUGAAUCCUUCCGACUGCUAAAUGCUUAUAAUUUUUCUUUGUCGAUUCAAAAAAGUCUUUUGCCUUUAAUGAGGCUGGAUAGACAGCAGACAGUAGCAUAUUUUCUCCGCAAUAUUACUACUAUUUCUAUAGACGACAUUGUGGAAAAUCUUACAGAAAAUAAAGAGCUAUUACUUUUCUUUUUAGACAAACUUUUUACUUUUGAUAAUGCUCUCGGCCGUGACUAUCAUCAGUUGCAAGUUGACUUAUACGCAAGUUACGAUCCCUCAAAGCUGCUGCCCUUCUUAGAGGACAGCCGCUAUUAUAAUCUCGAGGAGGCCUACGAAACUUGCAAGCGCCAUUCAUUGGUCCCCGAAAUGGUGUACUUAUUAGGUAAAAUAGGCGAUAAUAAAAGUGCUUUACGACUUAUUCUUGACACGAUUGGUGAUAUUUCUAAGGCGACGGAGUUUGCUAAAGAACAGAAUGAUGAAGACUUGUGGGAGGAGUUAGUUUCGUAUUCGCUGAAGCGACCCGAGUAUAUAAAGUUCCUUUUAACGAACGCACGAAAACAUAUUGACGUUAUUUCAUUGGUUGAACGCAUCCCCUCCGGACUUGUCGUGCCAGGUCUUCUCAAGUCAUUAGCCCACGUGCUGGACGACUACCACUCGCAGGUCGGACUGAUGGAAGCGUGCGAGCGAGCGCUGACGGCCGACCGCUUCCGACUUUUUGAGCAGCUUUACUGCGCCUCAAGUCGCGGCUUUUUUUUUGAUGCAAACACCUCGUGCGCUUCGUGCGGAAAAAAUCUUUUUCAAGAACUUAACGGGAGCCUCCACGUAUUUCUUUGCGGGCAUGCUUAUCAUUCUAGUUGUGUGGAGGGGCAAAACACUCUUCAAGAGAAUUUCGACCAAGUAAGUUGCUCGAAGUGCAAGUAAAAAUAACUCACGUGACUGUCACCGCCCAAACCACUUGAUAGAGGAAGGC